UCGGACGAUUAUUGCGGCUGCACCAAUACCAUCGCCUCACGGGAAUCGAACCGAAAACAAACCCGACGACAUGUGGACGGACAGAAGCUCCGGGGACAUGUCGAAGAGCGAGAUCCUGAGGGGGAUCAUCACCGAGAAGCUGAGCACCGCCGCCCGGGAGAUCCUGGCGGUGGUGGAGAGGACCGUGUCCGGGUACGAGGAGGAGGCGGCGGGCUUCAGGCUGGAGGUGGAGCAGCAGAGGAGGCAGCUGGAGGCGCUGCUGCAGCCGCGGGUCCGACUGGAGAAGAGUGCUCUGAACCCAGAUGUGGACGGACAUGAUGUGGUUGUUAUAAAUGAAGAGGAAGAGGAGGAAGAGGAGGAGGAGGAAGAGGAGCACACACAGCAGCCAGAUGUGGAGGACACCGGGGGACUCGGCCUCCUCUGGUACGACGGUGACGAUGAUGAUGAUGAUGAUGAUGAUGUUUAUGGGGGUAAAGACGAAGAGGAGCACAUGGAACCAACAACAAGCUCCAGAAAGAAACGAGAAGAUGUGCAGGACCCCGAUUAUCAAAUACCGUCGAGGACGUUUACACCCAGAGUUCAGUCUGGCAGGAGGAAGCUCGGCCGAACUCGAAUCCUCGACACACAGAACCACGUGGAUCUGAAGAUCCGCAUCCUGGAGGACUCGCACACCGACGUGCUCACGAGGAACGUGUUUCAGAAAUGUCCCGUGCAGCAGCUGCAGUGUCCUCGCGGUCUCCAGGAGACGGACUUCCUGCGCCUGCUCAGGUCCACCUUCCCGCAGCUGACGGCCGAUCAACCGUUUGACGUCUUCACGACCGACAGGAGCAGGAAGCUGCAGCGUCUGAGAGCCCGGACGCUGACGCCGGAGGAGAUCCACCGGAGCAUCAGGUCGACCGGAGCAGGAAACUCCGCCCUCUACAUCCGACUGAAGAGCGGAGACGAUCCUCUGAUCAGCACUGGAGAUCUUCAUCCUCUGCAGAGACAAGACGCCACCAGAGAUUCUGCGUCCAGCUCCGUGACGCUGACGGCCGAUCAAACCGAAAUGUACGAGAGCUCGUCGUCUCCCAGAGAUCAGUCUGAGAAGAGGAGGCGUGGUCGACCUCGGCUCAGUGAAGCGUCCAAUCACCACUCUCUCAGGAUCUGCUUGGUGGAAGAUUCCCCCUCGGGCGUCCUCUCAAAAAGCGUGUUGAUGAAAUCCUCAGUUCAGCACCUGAAGUGUCCUCGAGGGCUCCAGGAGCCGGACUUCCUGGACCUGUUGAAGUCCACCUUCCCUCAACUGACCGGAGACAACAAAAUGUUUGACGUGUUCAAAUCCGACCGGAGCAGGAAACUCCAGAGGCUCAAAGUAAGGACCCUGACACCAGAGGACAUCUGCAGGAGCCUGAAGUCCACUGGGAUUGAAAGAACCCUGCUUUACAUCAAACAGAAGACUGAAGAGGAGGAGGAGGAGGAAGAUCUUCAACUCUUACCGAGAAAGGUCGAGGCCACAGAUGAUUCUCAGUCCGCUGUCGCCACGGUGAUAAACAGUGGAGAAGCAGGAAGUGGUUCAAGCUCAACGUCACAACACAACGUGGACCCCGAAGAAGCAGCUGAGAGCGAAGUGGCGUCCAAUGAGGAAAAAGAUGCAGUUGACGACAGAGACGACUGGAAACCCGACAUUGAGCCGCAGAACUCUGAGACAAGGAGGCGACGGCCCAAACCUUACGUCGUGGAGAGAAGUAAGACGCCCUGCAGAGUGUGUGGCGUUUGGUACAAGGUCCUCGGCAGCUUGAUCAAACACGCCUGGAGCCACGUGGACGAGUCGCCGUGCGCCUGCGGAGUCUGCGGUGAACGUCCAGAAUCUGUCGAAGAGUUAAAGAAACAUCUCAGAAACCAACACCAGACUCACGCCUGUUCACACUGUGGAAAGUCUUUCUCCACCGUCACCGGCCUCAGCAUCCACACCACGCUGCACACAGGAAACCGACCCUUCACGUGUGAAGAUUGCGGCAAAACCUUCGCUCACAGGUCUAGUCUGAGCGUGCAUCACUGGGUUCACGUGGCGGACAAACCGCACAGGUGUGACAUUUGUCCGAAAGCUUUCGGUCUGAUGGCGCAGCUCAAAGCUCACAGGAAGAUACACACAGGUCGAGACAAGUACCAGUGCAACAUCUGCGGUAAACUCGUCUGCGACCUCCGAUCUCUAGCCCGCCACAAGGCGACGCACUCGGGCGAGAGACGCUACGGCUGCGAAGUUUGUGGGAAACGUUUCAAGCUUCCCUUCACGUUGAAGUCACACGAGAAGAUCCACACGGUCAGAGAGCGGCCGUACCUCUGCGACAUCUGCUGCAAAACCUUCCUGUCCAACUGCGCCUUGACGACGCACAUGAAAACGCACAGCGACGAGCGGCCGUUCAUCUGCAACGUCUGCAGCAAGGGCUUCAUUUCCAACGGCCAGCUGAAGGCCCACAUGCGGGUGCACACCGGCGAGGCGCCGUACGGCUGCUCCGAGUGUGGUCGCUUCUUCAAAAGCAAGACUCACCUGAAAAACCACAUCAGGAGCCACUCGGGCAUCAAACUGUUCGUCUGCGCCGUUUGUGGGAAGGCGUGUUCCCGCCAGGAACACCUGACUGUCCACAUGAGGACGCACAACGGAGAGAGACCGUACAAAUGUUCGCUCUGCGACAAAGCGUUCACUCAGAGCCACUGUCUGAAAACACACAUGAAGAGUCACUGCGCGGAAGAAAACUAGAAGUUUCCGUCCACCUGAACGCAGUUUUAAAACCAAAUGUCACUUUUGUACUUGAGAAGAUUUUUAACCGAUUUAUUUACGCUAUGUUCUAUAUGAAAAAAGCCUCCGGUGCUGGAUUUGAAAAUGUCCAACGAAACUUGAAAAGAAAACGAGAUUAAACAUCAUUUUUUAUUAAGGUGCUGAUCCUGAGCUUCUAGCGGUAGCAACAGAAAAGUUAUUUUAACGUACGGCGAGAUCACUCCUGCAAAACAUUAACGCUUGUUUAACUCUGUUGUUCAGAAACGUUAAAAUGUCCGACGUUCUUUACUGAUUAUUAUUACUGUAGCUCGUGUUGCAUUGAGGGUGAGUGGGAAAUGAGAUGUUUCCUCCAAUCGGAUUGAAUCGUUGUCAAACAAAUGAUCCUUCAUUUCUUAACUACUUGAUGUGAAUCUCAAAUCCCACGUGCUCCUGAAGGCAGCAUAUGGUGUGCUUCUUUAAAGCAGUAAAAAUAUAUAAUACAUUCUGUAAAUUUAAAUUGGUGCUUUUUGUUACUACGUACCGCCCGGUUGUUGGCGUCAUGGCAGCUCCAGCAUGUUGUAUUCGGCCAGUAUUCGUUGAGUUCGCGUGUGCACGAGCAUCAGGGCGUGGAUGAUGACACGCAGAACGGGCGUGGCCUCACUCUGCUUCUGAACACACACCAGCUGCAGGAAGUACCGUCGGUCAGGGAGGGCAAGAAAUACGAACUCAGCCGCCUGGCGGAGCACCCAGGGGUGGUGGGGGGCCAACGCCACCUUGUAGGCGUCUCUGACGUUAAAGAGACACAAGUCAGUGGAAGGUUUUUUUAUGCAAUAAUUGAAAACAGACUGAAGGACGAGGCUGUUACCUGCUCAGCUCUCCGGGGGUUUUGAAUUGUCCGUCUGCGUCGGGUCCUUCAGACAAACCCUCUAACAUCAGCUUCAGCCACAGCAGAGAUCGAUGCAGCCUCAGCAGCGUCCUGCAGCCCGAGUCCGUGUGGCGGGCGAAGUCCACCACGCCCGCUUUUAACUCCGCCUCCACCAUAGUUCGAACCGAACGAUAUGCCUCGAGGAAACACAAAUACAAACUGACCUCAAACCUGCUCUGUUUGUGAGCAGACGUGUUUUAUAUGAGUCGUGUGUCUCACCCCGGUUUUAAGUCCAAACGAUGGGGGGGUUUGUCCCUGAGCUUCAUAGACGUCUGUGCUGUGUUUGAGUGACAGAGCUCGUAUCUGUACGACCUUCUCGUUCACCUUCUGGGAGAAGAAACCCACCAUUGUCCCGAGAGCCUCCAUGAAACUGAAAGAGACGAAAAGAUGAAGAGGUUUUAUUCAUUUAUUAACAGUAUACGAUGACUUUUCUUCUUAUAUCGGACAUUUUGAAGUAACCCUUUUAAGGUUGGGUCGGGUUUUAAAUUGUAUUUUAAUUACUGUAUUUAUUUAUAGUUCUAUUUCAUUUAUACAUCCCUUAACUUUCUGACUUACAUCUCUUUUGACUUACUCCACUUUUAAUAUCUUAUUUUAUUAUGUAAACUUAUAUUUGACCUCUAUCCUUUUUACAUCUCUUUUUAGUAUUUUAACUUUAUGUCUGUAUCUGUCUUUGCUCACGUGUGUGUGUAUUUACUUGAGGAGCUGGUCCCAGCUCUGCAGGUACGGCUCCAGAAGGAUAUCAUCGUCAUCGUCGUCAGACAGGCUGGACUUUAAAUGCAGCAGCAGCUCUCGAGCCUGGAACUUCUGGCCCGGACACUCCUUUGUAAUGAGCGUGGGUUCGUCCUCCUGCAGGAACUCCUCAGGGACCAGCGAGGGUUCCGGCUGAAGGAGGAAGAAUAAAGUUCACAUAUAGAACAGCUUCAUAUUGUAAACAUACUAAUUCAAGUUAAAAGAUGUAUCUUUAUUCAUUUACACUUUCAAUAAAGUGAUCAUUUCUUUCAUUCUACCAUCAUUUCCCUGUGCGUGUACUUCUUUUAAAAGCUGCUAGUGCAACACGUGUUUGUCAAAGUGAAGAAGACGAGCAAAAGAGUUUCUCUAAAUUCUGACGUCAGGUUGAGUUUUAUUCUAAUAAAGUUUAACUGAACAUUA